AUGUUUUCUGGGAGGUGGGAGGAAACAGAAGAACUCAGAGAAAGCCCACAGGCUCGAGACUGGCACCAAGAGUUUAACUCUUUAGUAGCUGGUAAUGCCGUCUUCUUCCUACUAAAUAACCUUUCCUUAUGUUACACAGAGUCUAAUCAACAUUUAUCCAUUAAAAUGAAGUUGCUUCUUGUCUUCUACUUCUCUUCCUCGCUCUUCUGCUCAGUAACCAUGCUGGAUUGUUUAAGAUACAACAGUAAUUCAGGAGUGUGGAGUGCCACAUUUUCACAACACUGUCCACCAGGCAACUUAUGUGCUGCUUUGAUAUACAAUUAUUCUGUGCCAGGGCUGAAAGUGAAAAUGAUUGGAGAGAUUCAUGACUGCCUUCCACAGGCUGUCUGUAAGCAUGCAAAUAAAAGUGGAUUGGAAACCACUUACACAGCUAAUGUUGGAGUAGCAAUGGGUUUUCUCUCCCUCUCUUGCUGUAAGUCUGAUAACUGCAACCGCUUCAUUAUUCCUGAUUUAGCCAACAAGCCAAAUGGACUUCAUUGUUUAAUCUGCAAUGGAUUAAGAAACACGACAUGCAGCUCUUCCAUUUCUUGUGUAGGAAAUCAAGAUCAUUGUAUGACUGGAACAGUUUUGACCUUGGCAAACUUAACAAUCAAGGGAUGUGCCUCUAAAAGUUUCUGUGAUGCAAAUUUUCAAAAUUCCACGUUGGCAGAUGUCCGCUGUUGCUCAGGAAACUUCUGUAACGGUGUAGCCUUGAAUGAAGCCUCGAAUAGGCAGGACGUCGGCCUGUUACUGAUGAUCCUAAUUGCUACUGAACUCCUCCUAUAAUGAUUUCAUUCUAUAGCUCUUUGUUUUAAAUUGCACAAUUUUGUUUCUCACAUAAGCUGUUUAAUAAAUAUAUGAAUAUAUUGUAAUAUGCUACCACAGACUCGUAGAACAUCUUCAGCAUUGUCCUGCAGAUGUUAAAGGACUUCAGACUCCACAGAAAGUAGAGGCGGCUCUGGCUCUUGUUGUAGACAGAUUCAGAGUUUUUAUUCCAGUCCAGGUUGUUAUUAAUGUGAAGUCCCAGGUAUUUAUAAUCCACCACCUCUACCAUUGCGGGUAGGGACGAAAUUUAACCCCACCUAAACUAAUACGAGAGCAGUGAAAUCCACAGCAGUGAAAGUGUUUAGUGUCAGACUUCUGUUUGACCUCUUUUCAUACACUCUAACUCUAAUUCCAUUCAUCUCUAAAAAUGUAUGACCACUGGAUGUUGGAUAAGAGCUACAGAAAAUAGAUGGAUGAAUACAGAAGUAAACCAGACAAUCUAUCUGGUUUUAAAUUCACAGCUAAAAAUGAAAUACAGUACAUUUGGAUUGCAAACUUGCUUGGAUAUGAAAUAAAAAUAAUACUAUUAAUUAACUAUAACAAUAUUUAUACAAGACAGGAUGUCACAAUGACUUUCACCAUUUUAAAACAAUUGAUUGAAGGUAUUUUUUGACUGCACAGAUAAAAGACACCUUGAAAAGAAAGCCUUGAAAUCCUGGAUAUGUGCAUUGUAGAUGUCCACGACUUUUGUUGAAUUCUUUAUUUCUUCACACACCCUUAACCUUGGCCCCAUUCUCUUGCUCUCUUUGUUAGUCUUUCUGCAUAUAUAUUUUAUGCCAUACUCUGGAGGCUUUUACCAUAAAUUAUACAGACUCACUAAGCUUUCCAUUUGCUAGACAGAUGUUAUUUUUCUCGGAGGAAGAGAAAGAGGACUGCUUCAUAAUUUAGAGGUAAUGCUGUCCAGUCCUGAGAAUAAAUAACACAAACAAACAAACAAACAAACAAACAAACAAACAAACAAACAAGCAGUUACGAUACUACAGACUACAACAUUUCCCUGCACACUGUUAAAUACUGCUGAAUAGUGUGAAUAAACCAUUAAUAAAGCUAAUUAAGAAGCUUUAAUAAGCUUGAGGUGCUUGAAGUUCCUGCUCAGCAGUUUGAUAUCACAGGAUUUGCUCCACUCUGAAUCAGAAGAGAGGACAGAUUGCCAUAAUACGAUGGAUCCCAGAGAUUUAACAGAUGAUUAAUAUAUAGAUGAAUACAUCUGUCUCAAUUCUUCUCUCAUGAUAAGUAGUGGGAAUAUAGCUAGGAAGUGUGUAUAUAUAUUUAUAUGUGCUUCUUUAUUUGACGAGUUAUGGGUGCUAUAUCAGACAAUUUUUCAGGAUAUCUGCUGAGUGGUUCUGUUAUUAUUUUGGAUCAAAUUUAAUCCAACAAUAGAGUUGAAAGGCUGAAACACUUUGCUAAGGAGCCCACAAAGCCUGGAUUUCGACUCUGCAGCAUCCUAGUCACAGAGCUUAUUUGACAUUAAUAUACACUGCUCUUUUUGUUUGUUUGUUAUUUUUGUCUAUUUUUGUAUUUUUAUACUGAUAUUUUUCU